GGCUCCUCUGUGCUCUAGUGGCAGCCGAGGAGCAAUGGUGCUCGGAGCGUCCAGAGACGUCGGUGUUUCGGGUUUCUCGGAGGAGCAAAUGAAAUGCCGGGGAAUAUGAGCAAAGAGGAUGCCCCCAGUCGGAGCACUUGUUUGACCUUCACAAUUGACAACAUCCUCAACCUGAGGCCGCAAGAAAGUGGAGAUUUGGACUGUUCAAACGGGCAGAAAGACGGUGGAUGUAAGAAUGUUUUGGAGGAGCGAUGUGAGGAUGUGUGGGACGUCCGAAGGACAGAGGAGACAGUGAAGCCCAGAGUUCAGCGCGGGGGAAACACACCGCCGCUCACCGCUGGAUCCUGUCCGCAAAAUGAGUGCAGCGCUGAGGAGCCACAGCAGCAGCAGCACCACCACCAACAACAACAGCAGCAGCAGACUGUGGACUCCAAAGCCAUGGUAAAGAAGAAAACGCGCACCAUCUUCUCCAAGCGACAGAUAUUUCAACUCGAGGCGACUUUUGACAUGAAGCGCUAUCUGAGCAGCUCGGAGAGAGCGUGCCUCGCGAGCUCCCUGCAGCUCACGGAGACCCAGGUGAAAAUCUGGUUCCAGAACCGCCGCAACAAGCUCAAGAGACAGCUGUCCACGGACAUGGAGGGCCCGCUGGCCGCCGAUCACUUUACAGAGGCAGGAAAAAACGUGCAAUUACCAACUUUUUACAAAGACAGCAGCGUGCUGGGCGGAUGUUUGUUACCCAUACCGUUCCCUGUCGUGUACCCGACGGCAAACGCCGCGCCUUACAUUUACUUCUCUAACACUGGCAAAUACUUUGGCCUCUUUGAUGCAGACUGUUGAGUUGUCUCUUGGGUGCGUGGACACUCCGACUUACAGUCAGCCCAAAUUUUUUUUGCAUGAUACGUCUGAUCCUUUUUUCAUUUUUAACUUUUUUUUUAAAUGAGUUGUCAACAUAUCAACUAAUUCAACGUGCA